ACUUAGCAGCUCACCUGAAUCACGCCUGGGUAUUCGAAUUCUUACGACCAGAAACUGAAUAUUUGACCCGAGAACCGGACAUGAAUGGAGAUCUCCCCAUUCAUAUUGCAAGCAAGAUGGGUUAUGUUGAACAUAUCGAGAAGCUAAGGAAAGUAUCACUUUUGCCAAAUAGGCAAGGGCAAAACAUUCUUCAUAUCGCCGCAAAAUAUGGUAGAGUCUCCGUAGUGAGAUAUAUACUCAGCGAUCCAAUUCUAGGGAUGCUGUUAAAUGCAAUAGAUGAUGAUGGAAAUACAGCUUUGCACUUGGCUGCGAUGCAUUCACAGCCCGUUGCUUUGAUUGUUCAUUUGCAGACUGACGGAAUUCUACCAAGUGUUUUCAACAACGAAUGCUUGCUCGCUGUUGACAUUGCUCGACGACGACACCAGGCAGAGGGGUAUAACAUUCGGCUUCAAUUGGCAUGCCUGGCGUUGGCUUGCUCGCUCGCGGGAAAAGGUCCACUUGGAAACCAAGAGUUACUCCUACUUAGAGCGAAAGCUCGAGAUGAAGAGUUAUCAGUAGUCCGCUCGCGCAAAAGCAUGCCGAGCAGGGACAUCGUCAAGGAUUACAUCAAUUCCCGUAUGGUGGUGGCAACGCUUGUGGCCACAGUGAGUUUCGCAGCUGGUUUUGCAGUUCCUGGAGGAUUUAACAGCUCGGACACAGCCUCCAAAGAUGACCGGGGCAUGGCUACGAUGCUGGACAACAGAAUGUUCCAGUCUUUCGCGAUUUGCAACACCAUUGCCAUGCUCUGCUCAACGACUGUGGUCGUCAGCCUCAUCUGGGCGCAGGAACUUAAAGUCGACGUCGCGGUCACUGCAUUUGAGCGCACAACACUACCACUACAAAUUGCACUCCCGGAGAUGGUCACCGCUUUCUUAACUGGUGUCACCUUGACCCUUGGCAAACUCCCGUGGCUUGGUAACACCAUUUUUUAUUUGGGACUCGUUUUCCUCAUUAUCACAUUUGCUAAAUUGUUAGAGAAGCCUCUCAUCUUUAAAAUCCUCGGUCAUCCUUUCCGUCAACUAACAUUCUGGCUUAUUCUCGCCUACAUUUAUUUGUGGAGAGUUGAGACGUACAUUUAUGAUGACAAUGACGGGAAAGAUAACAAGGAACAACAAGACCGUCGCUAG